CAUUGCGCUGCAGCUUGCUAUAUGUGAGGCUGUGCGAUAACAGCUUACUCAGAGUGACCCCUGUCCACUGCCAUAGGGUAAUGAAAGUAGGCUGCUUGUUCUUGUGUUUUACGUGGCUAGACAUGCGCAUGUGUGUUGUUUAUCUGCAGAAGAGAUAGCAACAAAAUGUACAAUGGAAGGAGGACAAGCCAGUGGGGGCAUUGAUCUGAGAAAUGUUGUGCCAAAAAACCUUGAGUCCUGCAUUAUAGGGAUGUUACUUUGACACGAAGCACCUACCUAAACAUUGUUACAGACUGCUUAUAUCCCUUUAUGGUAAUGGUAUUCCUUGGUUUGAGCAUGAUAAUGUGCAAGGUCACCCAGCAAAAAGUGUUCAGGAAUGGUUUGAGAAAUGUGACAAAGAGCUACACUGGGCUUCAGUUCCUCAGAACUCUGUGACACAGGCAAAAACAGUGCAGUCUAUAGAGGCUUCUCAUAACUUGAAUAGUCUGUGGAUAAUGUCUUGGUGCCUGAUGCCUGUGGAUUCCAAGUCUUGAUGGAUCAGGGCUGUUAAGCCAGGAGUAAGGGAACCUAUAAUAUGAGGCAGACAGUUUUAUGAACCCCAUGGUGGGCGUGGGACCUGUAGAAAUAGUCAGGGCUUCACCAAAAUCAUUAGGAGUCAUAAAUGUCUGUGCAUAAAUUCUGUGCAAAGUUUUGUGUCAAUGAGGUUCUUGAUCGACUGGGUCAACAGCACAAUUAUAAACUGAGCAUAUUUGAGUCACAACACUGCUGUCUUUAUCAUUACUGUUAGUCUUCAGACACAGACUUGAAAAACCCACAUGUGGUAUCUGAAAAAUGAAUAUUAAUGACCCAUCGAUUUCCUUGCAACUCAUUCGGACACUCGUGCAGCUGUGUGUGUGACGUUUGUGCGUGUUGGUGAGUGCGCGCAGACCCUGUUGUGAUUGAAGCAGGCGGGGACGCGCGUGGGCACAGGCUUUAUGAGAUGCGGUUACAGCGCGAGGUGACACAGAGCCGAGAGAGAGGGGACACUUUGUUUUAGUGUGUUUGAAGAGCAGACACACAGGCAGAGACGUGGGAUGCUGUCGGACCACUGACACACCUUUUGCCCCUUUGUUUUUUUCAACGUCGGUGGGAGUAAUACCGGAGCGGCGACUCGGAGCACAAUAACCGCAUAGCGACGCACCGACGCCGUGGAGAGAACAGGGGACGAUGGGCUCUGCUUCGUCCUCCUACCGGGUCAUUUACCUGGACGUGGACGGCAGGAUUCAGAAGGUGGUAUUCAGUAGAUUCUGUAGCCCCUGUGACAUUAAGGAACUGUUCUGUACAGCCCUGGGUGUGCCAAGAAACACUAAUCUCUCACUGCUCGAUUCGUCUGGAGCCAUGGUAUCCAUUGACCCCACCAUGCCACAUAACACUGAAAGAUCACCAUAUCGAGUGGUACCUGUAACUAGUGGACAACUUGCUGAUAAAGAGGAACUCUUUCAGAAUGUACUGACACAAGUGGCAGAACAAUUUUCAAGGGCAUUCAAAAUCAACGAGCUGAAGACCGAGGUCACCAAUCGUCUUGCCAUGCUCGAAAAGAGAGUAGAGCUGGAGGGCAUGAAGGUGGUGGAGAUUGAGAAAUGUCGCAACGACAUCAAGAAACUCCGUGAGGAGAUGGCAUCCAGAAACAACAGUAAUUUCCUGGAAGACAAUAAGAAGCUGACUCCUCGCAGAGACGUUCCCUCCUACCCCAAGUACAUGCUGUCACAACAGACCAUAGAUGCCCUCAAAAAACCCGGCUUUGAUGUCUGGCUGUGGGAGGCCAACGAGAUGCUGAGCUGUCUGGAACAUAUGUACCAUGACCUGGGAUUGGUCAAAGACUUCAAUAUCAACCCCAUCACACUCAAGAGAUGGCUGCUGUGUAUUCAUGACAACUACAGAAAUAAUGCCUUCCACAAUUUCCGCCACUGUUUCUGCGUCACCCAGAUGAUGUACAGCAUGAUCUGCCUCUGCAGCCUACAGGAGAAGUUCACUCAGGUGGAUAUUCUGAUUCUUAUGACAGCUGCUGUGUGUCAUGACCUCGAUCACCCUGGGUUCAAUAACACGUACCAGAUCAAUGCCAGAACGGAGCUGGCAGUUCGGUACAAUGACAUCUCACCCCUAGAAAACCACCACUGUGCUGUGGCCUUCCAGAUCUUCUCUCAGCCAGACUGCAACAUCUUCUCUAACUUCGACCCUGAGGCCUUCAAACAGAUACGACAGGGAACCAUCACACUGAUCCUAGCCACAGAUAUGGCGCGACACGGUGAGAUAUUGGACUCCUUCAAGCAGAAAGUUGACAACUUUGACUACGCAGAUGAGGAGCACAUCACCUGUCUGAAGAUGGUGCUUAUCAAGUGCUGUGACAUCUCUAAUGAAGUGCGGCCCAUGGAGGUGGCUGAGCCCUGGGUCGACUGCCUGCUGGAGGAGUACUUCAUGCAGAGCGACAGGGAGAAGGCUGAAGGGCUUCCUGUGGCUCCGUUCAUGGACAGAGAAAAGGUCACCAAGCCAACAGCCCAGAUUGGCUUCAUCAAAUUCGUCCUAAUCCCCAUGUUUGAGACUGUGAUGAAGCUGUUCCCACAGAUUGAGGAGGCAAUGGUGCAGCCACUCAGAGAAUCAAGAGACCGAUAUGAAGAACUCAAACAGAUUGAUGAUGCCAUGAAUGAGGUGCAGAAAAAGAAAAGCGAGAACUUGACCAUGGGAGGGAAGAAGAAGUAAAAAGUUUUGAAAAGCACCAGUGAGCAUAGAGCACAAGAGUGAAGCAGUGUGACAUAAACUGGAAUUGUCAGAUACGUUGGCCUGUUUGGGCUAUAAAACCAUUUCCAUCUCUGUGCACUCCUCACUUUGGCCUAAUGCAAAGCGGACCAGCAGGAUGAAUGUUCUGGGAAAAUCAGGUAGAUUUGUGAUGGUGUGUGUUUGACACCGUGUUACACACGACUAUAGACUAAAGGACCAGGCAGACAAUUCAAGGCUUUUUUCCAGGGAAUGUUUGUACAGCAGGCACUCUUUAAGUAACCAAUAUUUAGGUACAUAUCUUUCUCUUGUUUUUUAUUGGAAUUUUGCUGUUUUUUUACAGAUUGUACAGAUUUUUAGUGACUUUUGUUCUUUCCUACAAAAAUAAAAGCAUAACAUUAAUUACAAAA